AUGGCUCUCUCCCCGCUCCAGCGCAAAAUCACCCGCCACGCCCUCGCGGCAAUCGCCGUCCUCUGCCUCGUCUUCACCUCCGCCUCCCUCCUCCUCACCCUCGAGGCCGGCACCCUCCAGCUCGACGGCGACUACCCAGACGGCCCUGCCCGCCUCAUCCUCUCCUCCCUCGCCCUCGUCCGCUUCGGGGGCAUCGUCGGCGACCCUCCAGACUACCAGGUCACCCUCCUCUGGUUCCUCAACGCCUUCGGCUGGAAGUGGCCCUCCGCGUCGUGGGACCUCUCCUGCGGCAUCGUCCACAACAUCGACGGCCUCCUCCCCGGCGCCGCCCUCACCCUCCCCGACGACCUCGGCGAGGCGGCAGCGAGGAUGCGGCUCCCCAAGAGCGACUGGCAGUGCCUCCGAAACCACCGCGGCGCAGAGGGCGGCAUCUGCCACAACCCCUUCCUCGCAGCCUGGGACGCCGAGAAGCUAUCCCCAACCUCCUUCACCACCGCGCCCGCCCUCUGGCUCUUCUACUUCACCGGCACCGUCCUCUUCGCCAUCCUCCUCCAGGAGAUCGGCAUCCGCUGGCUCCCCGCCCUGACCAGGUGCUACUGCCCGGGCCUCGUGAGCAGGAACGGCCUGUGCCCGUGCCUCAAGAGCGACGAGAAGCUGACCCCGGACGUCCGCACCCGCAUGCGCACGUGGUAUCUGGUCCUCUUGGCCAUCAGCUACACCGCAGCCUCGACUCUCCUGACGCUCAAGGGCCUGGCGCUUGUUCGGUUCCUCAAGGGGCUGGACUCUAGGAUCGGAGGGAUGGAUGCUCAGCUGGGGACUGCGUAUAUCAAGCUGAGCGCCUUCACUUUGAUCGCUAUUCUAUUGUCAGUGCUGUGCCUGAGAGUGAGGCAGUACUUAGAGCAAAACAAGUCGUGGAUGGAACAGCAGGGUGUCGAUGCCACUACUCUGACCGAGCCUGGGGCUAAACCCACUGACGAAGAAGCAACGCAAGACUUGCUGAUUUAA